AUGAAACUUUUACAAGUUCAAGUAUUCUUUCGUCAUGGUGCAAGAACACCUUUAUUUCAUGUUAAAUCAUCUAUUUUCCCUGAAGCUAUAUGGUCUCCAGAACUAUCUACAGAUUUACCACAUACAUUAUUUCCUUAUCGUUUAAUUGAUAUAUCUACCCAGAAACAAACUCAAUUAUCAUCUGAUUAUUUAGAUAAAUUAUUUGUAUUACCUGGUGGUAAUAAAGUUGGUGAAUUAACUAAAACUGGUCAACAAGAUGCAUAUAAUUUAGGUAUACGUUUAAAAAAACAAUAUAAAGACAAUUAUAAUUUUAUUUCAUAUCAAUUUCAACCAUCACAAUUUCAUUUAAGAACUACUUUCAUUGCUAGAACUAUUAAAUCAUUACGUUGUGUUAUGGCUGGUUUAUAUAGUGAUAAUAUAUCAUUAACUGAACCUGUUAAUUUUCAAUGUGAUCAAUUAACUAAUGAAAUACUUUUUCCAAAUCCACAUACAUGUCAAUUACUUACACAAUUAUUCAAUGAUGGUAUUAUUGAAUGUAAUGAAUCAAAAACAUUUCAAGAAAUGAAACAAAAAUUAAAAAAUAUUUUAGGUGUUGACAAACUAUUGGAUUGUGUUGAACAACGAUCUACAGAUUAUGAUUGUCCAAUUUAUUUUGUAAGAGAUGAUUAUUUAGCUCGUAAGUAUGCCGGUUUCCCUAUACCAGCUGAAUUGGAAAAAUUAUUACCAGAAAUGCAUAAAUUAUGCUCAGAAGAAUUAUUGCAUGAAUUUCUAGGCAAACAAAAAGAUUGGAAGAAAAAUGUUCAUAUUGUAUUAAGUGACCUAUUUUCACUUAUAUUAGAGAAUAUGAUAAAUUAUCAAAAAGUACCACAAUUUCAUUUAUAUUCAUGUCAUGAUUCAUCAAUUAUGUUAUUAUUAUUUGGUUUAAAUGUAUUCGAUGGUUGUUGGCCACCAUUUGCUGCUGAUAUUAUAUUUGAAUUAUAUACAACAGCAUCAACAUCAUCACCGUCGGCGUCAUCAUCACCGUCAUCGCCAUCAUCAACCAAUUUAUCCAUUAUGAAAUCGAAUACAUUAAAUUCAGAUAAUAUUUCAUUAACAAAUAAUAAUCUAAAUGAUUUAUGGUUUCGUUUAAUUUAUCUUGGUAAACCAUUAUCAUUAAAACCAUUAUGGGAUUUAUCAUAUUCUAAUCAUGAUCAUGAUCUCAAUCAUUAUCAAUUAUCUGAUUAUACAAUGAUACCAUUCAAAGUAUUAUAUGAAUAUAUUAAUAAAGCUAAACAAUUAUAA